AUGGCCCCCAUCGAUCGAUGCCUGGCCUCGAUGGCCAGGCUGUCCAUCGCACAGCCACUCAUGAGGCCCGCGGUGCCCACGAUACCGCGAUUCCUGGCGCCGUCGCUGGUGCAGAGCCGUCAGGCGUCGGUAGUACGCAUCAAGGGAAAGCCGAAGAAGAAGAAGGUCCUCUCCAAGGACUUUAAGAGGCAUCGUAUCCAGAAGACGGACUUUCCGCAAUUCUCUCUCUGCGAAGCCAUGAGAAUUCUACGCGCCUACGAAGUCGGCCAGAACCCCGGAUCGGUCAAGUACGAAACGCACAUCCACCUCAAGACGCUGCGGAAUGGCCCGGUAAUCAAGAGCAGCAUCCGCCUGCCCAACCCGGUGCAGAGCGAGUGGCAGAUCGCCGUCAUCUGCCCCGAGGGCAGCGAGGUGGCAACGGCGGCGACGGCGGCGGGCGCCAAGGCCGUCGGCGAGGAGACGCUGUUCGAGGCCAUCCGCCAGGGCAACAUUGAGUUCGACCGCCUGCUGUGCCACGAGUCCAGCGAGGCCGCCCUCAACAAGGCCGGCCUCGGCAGGAUCCUCGGCCCCAAGGGCCUGAUGCCCAGCCACAGGAUGCAGACCAUCACCAAGGACGUCGUGCGCGCCAUGCGCGACUCGGCCGGCUCCUCCGAGUACCGGGAGAAGCAGGGCGUCAUCCGCAUGGCCAUCGGCCAGCUGAGCAACACCCCCGACCAGCUCAGGCAGAACGUUGAGGCCGUCGUCAAGAAGAUCCGCGCUCAGUGCGCCGACAUGUCCGAGGACGUGCCCAAGGAGAUUCACGAGGUCAUCCUCAGCACCACCAACGGUCCUGCUAUCAGCCUGAAUGGAAAGUUCAAGGAUGCCGAGGAUAAGACUCUGCCCGAGCAUCUGGCCAGUGUCAUGUAA